AUGCAGACAGAGAAGCAUCUCACAGGAACAUUGGUCCUCUCCGUCUUCACUGCGGUAUUGGGCUUCUUCCAGUAUGGCUACAGCCUGGGGGUCAUUAAUGCCCCCCAGAAGGUGAUAGAAGCGCACUACGGGCGUGUGCUGGGCAUUGUCUCCCCGGACAGAUAUGAUCUCACUACCUCCCCACACAUCCUGACCAUGUACUGGUCCCUGUCUGUGUCCGUGUUUGCCAUCGGGGGCAUGGUCUCCUCCUUCACCGUGGGCUGGAUCGGUGACCGGCUUGGCAGAGUGAAAGCCAUGCUGGUGGUGAACGUCCUCUCCAUUGCUGGGAACCUCCUCAUGGGGCUGGCAAAAUUUGGGCCAUCCCACAUCCUCAUCAUCUCCGGGAGAGCGGUCACGGGGCUGUACUGCGGGCUCUCCUCUGGACUCGUGCCCAUGUAUGUCAGCGAGGUCUCUCCCACGGCCCUUCGAGGAGCACUGGGGACGCUGCACCAGCUCGCAAUUGUCACAGGCAUCCUCUUCAGCCAGAUCCUUGGACUAGACUUUCUUCUGGGCAAUGAUGAGAUGUGGCCCCUGCUCCUUGGUCUGUCUGGUGUGGCUGCCCUGCUGCAGUUCUUCCUGCUUUUACUGUGCCCUGAGAGCCCCCGAUACCUUUACAUCAAACUGGGGAAGGUGGAGGAAGCUAAAAAAAAUUUGAAAAGGCUUAGAGGAAACUGUGAUCCAAUGAAAGAGAUUGAAGAGAUGGAGAAGGAAAAGCAAGAAGCUGCUAGUGAAAAGAAAGUCUCCAUAAGACAGCUUUUCACCUCUUCCAAGUACAGGCAGGCUGUCAUUGUGGCGCUGAUGGUGCAAAUAUCCCAGCAGUUCUCGGGAAUCAAUGCGAUCUUUUACUACUCCACAAACAUUUUCGAGAGAGCUGGGGUUGACCAACCAGUUUAUGCAACCAUCGGCGUUGGAGUGGUGAACACGGUCUUCACUGUUAUCUCUGUCUUUCUGGUGGAGAAGGCGGGCAGGCGGUCCCUGUUCCUGGCAGGUUUGAUGGGCAUGUUAGUCAGCGCCGUGGCCAUGACAGUUGGGCUUGUGCUCCUGAGCAAGUUUGCCUGGAUGAGCUAUGUCAGCAUGGUCGCAAUCUUCCUCUUCGUCAUCUUCUUCGAAGUGGGGCCUGGGCCCAUCCCCUGGUUUAUCGUAGCCGAGCUGUUCAGCCAGGGCCCGCGCCCUGCCGCCAUCGCUGUCGCCGGCUUCUGCAACUGGGCCUGCAACUUCAUCGUGGGAAUGUGCUUCCAGUACAUAGCAGAUCUGUGUGGACCAUACGUGUUUGCAAUCUUCGCGGGUCUGCUCCUCAUCUUCUUCCUGUUUGCACACUUCAAAGUGCCAGAGACAAAAGGAAAGUCCUUUGAGGAGAUUGCAGCCGUGUUCCGCCGCAAGAAGCUCUCGGCCAAAGCCAUGACUGAGCUGCAAGACCUGCGACGCGGCGAGGAGGCAUAGACAUCCUGUGCACCCAGAAAGGAGGGACUGGGCGUGCACCUCCUUCAGGCACCAUGGGAAGAAUGUUGGGCAAAAGUCUCGUUUCACCAAAAACCUUGCAGCUGGCAGACCAGGAGGAGGCAUCCAUUGGAUUCCUUCUGGCUGCUGCGGUUCACACCUCCCAGCCACAGGUGCUAACCUGGAAUUUUACUCUGAGACACUUGGGACAACUGGGCUGCAG